UUUCCAUAUAAUACAUCUCUGGUUGAAUAGUAGCAAUGUCUUCACAAAAAGAAAUUCAACAGCUGAGGUGUACCAGAAGAUACUAAGCUGUAGUAUGUAAUUUCUUAAUGUUUAAAACAGGUUUUAUAUAUUUCUCUAUCAGGCAGAGAAGUGUCAGAAAGAAAGUGCAUCACCUAGAAUAGCUAUGAAAUAUCGUUUGAUAUGUGUAGUGUUUAAAGCGUGCUAGAAUCGAUACACUUAGUGGUAGAAGUUUGAAGUGUCCAAAAGUGCUAAUAUCGUUUUCGCAAUGCCCUCUUCCCCGAUCGAUUUUGACUUAUAACUGUUACGAAAACUCAGCGUAGUUUGUACCACGUCGUUGCAAGCAUGGGUCGUGUAGUUUUCGGAUAUGGUUUGUUACGAGGUACAGUUCUGAAGCACAAAACUGCCUCACUGUGCUUAUUGGGCGCCGCUUUUAUUGGAUUCCUUUGCUAUUCCUACAUUCACGAAGGCAGGCCAGGAAAGGUGCGAUCCACCGGCGUCGAUUAUGAAGGACCCGACCUUUUUGACUCGUUUAGUUUCCUACAACCGUACAGUCCAGCAGAGCUGGAAAAGCUUGCCAUAGGAGAAACAGGUGGAAAUCCGUUAGAUCCAGACAGGGUCGUGGAAAACCUCAUCGAAUUAGAGGAAGAAGCGUUAGUUCAAGCGAGAUCGGAAAUUAACCAAACAGUUCUUCACAAUGGACCAGUGUACGACGAUAGUGGGAACGAGAUUGGGCUUCGUUUUUUGAUAAUUAGCGAUUGGGGUGGAAAACCUGAACCGCCUUACACCACACACACGCAAAUGAACGUGGGUAGGGCAAUGGCGGAGUUUUCGAGAAGAUAUGAUUGCUCGUUCGUUCUGUCACUUGGAGACAACUUUUGUGAUAAAGGAGUUACCAGUGUUAAUGAUCAUCGUUUUGAGGAUACUUUUGAAGAUGUGUUUUCCCAGCCUUCGUUGCAAAGGCCAUGGUAUAUUGUCGCUGGUGACAAGGACUAUAAAGGAAAUGUCAGCGCCCAGAUCGAGUACACCAAAAUAUCAAGACGUUGGUCGUUUGAAAGCAAUUAUUAUAAGAUGUCAGCAAAUCUGCCAACCUAUCGCAAUAUCUCUGUCGAUUACGUAAUGAUUGACACAGUGGAGCUAUGCGGUGUGCUGCCACCAAGCGGAAAAGGGCAGCCUAUUGGUCCGGCCAAUAUAACAGCGGCGGAAAAACAGUGGGCAUGGCUGGAACACGCACUCAAAAAUUCAGGGGCCGAGUAUCUUGUUGUUGGCGGUCACUAUCCAGUUUAUUCCGGUGGAAGGCAAGGAUCCACUGACUGUUUGGUUAAACGUUUACAACCAAUGUUGGAUAAGUUCCGGGUUUCGGCCUAUUUCUCAGGCCACGACCACAGUGUACAGCACAUCAAGUCAGCGAACAGCGGUGGUGUUCAUUACUUUGUAGCUGGUGCCGCAAGUGCCGAGGAUGACCGUCCUGAGCACCUAGAUGGCAUCUAUUCUAAUACCCGCUACUUUUGGACCAACCAUCUUGACCAUACUGAAGGCGCAUUUUUGUACUGUGAUGUUAGAAAGGAUCAGAUGUCGGUCACGUUCAUUAAAAGCGAUGAGAGCAUUUUAUACCUCGGUACAAUUCUUCCACGAAGCAAUCCUGCGAACGAAAAACCGGAAAAUGGUGGAAACUGGCUCACGAUACCUGUUUUAAAACAGCACCGAAACCUGCCGACCAAACCAAAGUAUUUUCAACCGAAACCACAAUCCCAGAUGCAGCUGCCAAACGCUUUCCAGCAGUACAGGCAGCGCCAAGCACAACAACGGUCACGCCAAAUGCAACAGAACCAGCGACAAAACCUAAUGCAAAAUCGGCUAAGACAGCAAAGUCGUCGCCGGUUUAUGGGACCGUCUUUGUAAACUUAUAACGCAUGCUGUAUACAUGUACCGGGUUAUGGGUAUAUAUCAUGUUUAACUCAUUUAAAAAAUAGGUUUAGUUUUUGUCUCCGCACUUGUAAAUCAUGUAGUCUAUUUUCCUCAUGCAAUGGUGUCUUUUGUUUUUUUAUUAAUAGCGCUUUAUCACGUUCAAUUAUAUUGGCGUAAAAUUGGAUCCCUAUACCGCUAUAUAUAUAAGAGGCUUGUUUAUUUUAAUAACAGAUGUUACAGCUCACAAAUAAGCCGCCCACCAAUAA